GUUCGUUUUGUGAGGUUAGCAUUUAAAAUUUAAAUGAUUGGUGAUUUGUGAUUGAUUUUUAUACAUUUUUUAAAUUAAUAGAUUAUGAUCAAGCUAAUUCAUAUAAAUGGUGAUAUUUUAAUUUAUGAUGUAGAAAGUUGGACCGCCCUAAGGAAAGAUUACAGAAUUAUUGGUCAGAUAAUUGGAAGUACAUCUUUUAUACCAUCUUUACCAAUGAAAUUACUACCAGAGGAAGUCUUACUAUUAUUAAAGAAAAACUUAGCUAUUGUACAUGAAGGACCCAGUCAUAUUAUUAAUAAUAAAUCCGAAUCAAAUGAGUUUGAGGAAAGUUUUUUAAAAGCUCAGCAGGUCAAAUAUAGAGACAUUAGAAAAGCACAAUUAGAUGUAGUUAUAGAUAAAAUAGUUGACAAAAGAAAUCAAGUAGGUGAUAAACGAUCUAAGGAAGAAAUAUUUGAGGAGGAGCUUAAUAAAUCAUGUAUAAUAACACGAGAAAAUAUGUUAUGGCCAAUUUUUUUAGAAGGGGAUACUACUAAUUAUAGUUUGGUGCCAAAGGAGAAAAUGUUCGCCUUGUCAUCUUCAUUAAAAUCUAAUGUUUAUAUGGAUCUUUGGGAAAAAGGUUACUACAUAACAAACGGUGAGAAAUUUGGUGGAGAUUUUUUGGUUUACUUUGGAGACCCGAUAGCAUAUCAUGCUAUAUUUAUAGUAAAAUGUGUUGAUGGAAUAGCAAAUAUUAGCCCCAUUGAACUGAUUGCAUUUGGUAGAUUAGGAGUUGCAGUAAAAAAAAGAGCUGUUUUAGCAACUUUCACAGAAGGGAAAGUAGCAUAUUUAACUAUUAACUGGAUAGACGCUUAAGUAUGAAGUCACAACAAGACAUUGAUCUAGCAAAAGUACAGAAGACAGACAGCCAAUUAUAUACCAUAAAACCAGUCAUAAUGAUUUGACGUUUUUGGAAAUGAAAGCCAUCAAGAAAUAUUCUUGUUAUAAAUACUACUAUUUC